AUGUCCGUUAGAUCGGAACACUCCGAGUCCGACGCUGAAGCUGGUGCUGACAAUGAUGACGGGCGUGAUGAGUACGACGCAGUAACAGUUACAGUGGAGGUGGAAGAGGACGUGGACAUCAACGACGAUGUCAGUGUCGAAGGAGAUCACAUCGAUCGCACGCUGAAUUCGCCAUCGUUCCAAAUGCGUGUAUUCAAUCCUGGGUCUACCGAAUACCCGAACAGCAAUGAGUAUAGUGCUGAAGCGAUUGAACACGCCGUGGAAGAUUGGUCUGAGAGGGUUCAGGAGCUCCCUUCAAUCACUGAAGAUGAAUCCGCAGCAGCAAGAGCAGYGGACCAUUUCCCGACGGACGUGAAGCGCCGAUGCUCUGACACUGUCAUGCAGUUAUCACAACCACCGAGUGGCUGUGACAUUCGUCGCGUCUCCACCAUGUCUGAUUACCAACGACUGAAAGGCAGACACAAAUCGCCCAAGCUCGUCGCGUUCAAAGCAAGCCCUGCUGGUCCAGCACUGGCUACGAUGUCUGUGCAACCGCCGGGAACUUGGCACGUCAGCUCAAUGGACGACCGUACAUCAGACACACUAUAUGACUCGGAUGUUCUGCCGCGGAGAACCUCGCAGGCGAUACAGUCAGAUUUUGGGAUCUCGCAGCUGUUGUGGGACGAACCCUCGUCGAGUUCUGAUAGCGACAUCACAGUCCUCACGGGUUCCGCUGUCGAUUACCUUGCUGCAAACGAAAUCGAAGAGCAAAAUCCCAGCUCAUCGCCCAUGGAAAGGUUGAAGACGAUACUGAAAGCUUGGUCGUGGGAGAAGGACUUGUCAGAUGGUUCGCCCGACAAUCAAUCUAGAUUUGCACCACUACCGGAUACAAAGGAGAGAGGCCAAAGGAGACAUUCGUCGGACUUUCUCGAAAAUCCGCCUGGUCCACCCAACACCGUUCGCCAUAGUGGUCAGUCAUCGAUCAUCAACUCAGAGCCGCAGACCCCCGUCGAUGAAGGAAACUUCGAGGACGGCGAAGACGACAACAUCAUUGAGCUGAGGACCAAAAGUCUGACCAGACCUAUUCCAAUUCCUGCUUCAAACAGUAGCACCACGUCUUCUGGCGACUACCUUGCUAUCCCACGCCGUACGAACAGUCUUCCUUCAGCCUCCAGCAGCAUUGACAGGGAAGAGUCCUGCUUUCAUCACCGAGACUCYGUGGACAUAUCCCAUGCACGUAUGGAAUGUGACGAAACAAAAGACAAGAGAAACCAGGAGCUCAUCAUCAAUUCGCGCGAUUCGUUCGUUAUCACCAAAUCGAGGUUCAAUGCCAAACAUCCCAAGGCCGGUAGGUCUAUGAUACCUACAAGAGGUGGAAUUGCAUGGAGUCAAUUUGGCGGUCUAAGUCCAAUCGCUGAUGCCAGCCCGCCGAGUGGUCCCCUACGYGAGACAGGAAAAGGGAAGCAAAAGGCGGUCAAGGUUGUAGAAACGCGAAAGCAUCACUCUGAUGAGCAUGAAGUGAGACCAGAGAGGCACAGCGGUGGUGGCGCUGCAAAGAAAGCAGUUGGAGCUGUGGAAGUACGGCAUACCGAAGAGCAUACAGACUGUCCUAUCUGCGAGUUGGAUCGGCCGCGAUGGUUCGAGGCAAAUUAUCGAGAGUGGUGA